AUGGCAGGACUCAUGCCACGCUCGUCCGGGGAGCCGGUGGACAAACCUGUGGCUUACGCGCACCAGGUGAGGGCUGCUCACAGUGGCGAGGACGAGAUGGGAGUGGCAGAAGUGAUGGUCUCGGAGAAAUGGCAGGGUACGGAUGUGGACAGGAGGGACAUGUCACAGCUGGGCAAGGUCCAAGAGCUGAGGCGAAACUUCCACUUCCUCAGCAUACUCGGCUUUGCUUGUUGUCUGGUCGCCACGUGGGAGGUGCUACUGACCACUAUCAUCACUUCGUUGACAGACGGCGGCACGGCUGGCUUGCUGUGGGGAUUUCUAAUCGUUGUCGCCGGCUUCUAUUUCGUCUACCUCUCGCUCGCUGAAAUGGCAUCAAUGGCCCCGACGGCAGGUGGACAAUAUCACUGGUCUGAGUCUCGACCCUCUAGAAUACAGACAUAUACUGACCUGCACUCCGCCAGGGUCUCCGAGUUCGCGCCCCCACGGGCUCAAAAGUUCCUCUCCUACAUCGUAGGCUGGCUCUGCUUCACCGGCUGGCAAGGAGCCAUCUGCGCUAUCUGCUUCAUCACGGGAACCAUCAUCCAAGGCUUGAUCAUUCUGAACGACGACACAUACAUCCCAAAGUCCUGGCAUGGCACGCUUCUUACAAUGGCCGUCGCAGCGUUCGCGGUCGUUUUCAAUACUGUGCUGGCGAAGAAACUACCACUGGUAGAAUUCUUGCUUCUGGUGUUGCAUGUGAUUGGUUUCAUUGCCAUCAUUGCCGUGUUGUGGGCACUUGCGCCUAGGGCGACUGCACAUGAUGCUUGGUUUCAAUUUUCGAAUGCAGGCGGCUGGAAUUCUGCCGGCACUGCAACUAUGGUAGGACUUUUAAGUCCGGUGAUCUCUACCAUCGGCUUUGACUGCGCCGUCCACAUGGCUGAGGAGGUCAAAGAUUCCAGCUCUACCCUACCGAAAGCGCUACUGUGGUCCUUCACUUUCAACGCAGUCCUUGGAUUCAUCAUGGCUGUUACCCUGGUCUACACGCUGGGUAAUGUCAACGAAGUCCUAGGAAGUCUUACUGGAUAUCCAUUCAUACAAAUCUUCUACAACACCACACAGUCUUACACCGGCGCGAACAUCAUGACGCUGGUCGUCAUCCUUACGCUGACAUCCAGCGCCAUCGCCGAAGUUGCCACUGCUUCUCGCCAGAUCUGGUCUUUUGCAAGAGACAAGGGCGUCCCCGGAUACAGAUGGGUUGCGCACAUCUCACCUGGAUGGAACAUCCCCCUCAACGCAGUCCUGCUCUCCCUACUAGUAACAAGCCUCCUCUCCCUCAUCAACAUCGGCAGCUACGUCGCACUCAACGCCAUCCUCGCACUCACAGCCGUCAGCCUCCUCACCAGUUACAUAAUCGUCAUAUCCUGCCUGAUCCUCAAACGUCUGCGCGGCCAACCUCUUCCUGCUCGACGCUGGAGUCUUGGGAAAUGGGGCCUGCCGAUCAACAUCAUCGCUCUGUGUUACCUGCUGCCGAUCUAUGUGUUCUCGUUCUUUCCGGUUGCGUUGGUGGAGCUCUCGGCGGCUUCGAUGAAUUGGGCGAUUGUGAUCUACGUUGGUAUUAUGGGGUUUGCGACAAUUUACUACUUUGUGUAUGGACACAAAGUGUAUUUGCCGCCUGUUGCUUUGGUUAAGAGGGAGGAGUUUGGGCGAUGA